AGAGAUCCUGCCUGAGUUGUCCCCUGGGGAGCCUGAGUUCCACUGCUCUGAGCGCAUGAUGGAUCUUGGCCUGUCUGAGGACCACUUCUCUCGCCCUGUGGGUCUUUUCCUGGCCUCUGAUGUUCAGCAGCUGCAACAGGCAAUUGAAGAAUGCAAGCAGGUGAUUCUGGAGCUGCCGGAGCAGUCUGAGAAGCAGAAAGAUGCCGUGGUGAGGCUCAUCCAUCUGCGGCUAAAGCUCCAGGAGCUAAAGGAUCCCAAUGAGGAUGAGCCUAAUAUCCGAGUCCUCCUUGAGCACCGCUUCUACAAGGAGAAGAGCAAGAGUGUCAAGCAAACCUGUGACAAGUGUAGCACCAUCAUCUGGGGCCUCAUCCAGACCUGGUACACGUGUACAGGGUGUUAUUACCGCUGUCACAGCAAGUGCCUGAACCUCGUCUCCAAGCCUUGUGUGAGCUCCAAAGUCAGCCAUCAGGCCGAGUAUGAGCUGAACAUCUGUCCUGAGACAGGGCUGGACAGCCAGGAUUACCGCUGUGCAGAGUGCCGGGCUCCCAUCUCUCUUCGGGGUGUGCCUGGCGAGGCACGGCAGUGUGAUUACACCGGCCAGUACUACUGCAGUCACUGCCACUGGAACGACCUGGCUGUCAUCCCUGCACGUGUUGUGCACAACUGGGAUUUUGAGCCCCGCAAGGUUUCUCGUUGUAGCAUGCGCUACCUGGCACUGAUGGUAUCUCGCCCAGUGCUCCGGCUCCGGGAGAUCAACCCCCUGCUAUUCAACUACGUGGAGGAACUGGUGGAGAUCCGGAAGUUGCGCCAGGACAUCCUGCUCAUGAAGCCGUACUUCAUCACUUGCAAGGAGGCCAUGGAGGCACGUCUGCUGCUGCAGCUCCAGGACCGGCAGCAUUUUGUGGAGAACGAUGAGAUGUACUCAAUCCAGGACCUCUUGGAUGUGCACAUGGGCCGCCUUGGUUGUUCGCUUACUGAGAUCCACACACUUUUUGCCAAGCACAUCAAGCUGGACUGUGAGCGGUGUCAGGCGAAGGGCUUUGUGUGUGAGCUCUGCAGAGAAGGUGAUGUGCUGUUCCCAUUUGAUAGCCACACAUCUGUGUGCAUGGACUGCUCCUCGGUCUUCCACAGGGAUUGCUACUAUGACAAUUCAACUACUUGCCCUAAGUGUGCCCGGCUCAACCUGAGAAAGCAGUCGCUCUUCCAAGCAUCUGGUCCAGAUGUGGAUGCUUAGACUGCUAGGAAAGAAUGCUGGACUCUGUGCCUGCCCAUCUGGUUUCUGCUCUGUUGGCUUUGCCAGUCAGCUCUGGAGACUCCUUUCUGGUGCACCCCCUGGACCUCUUUACCCAACCAGGCCAGAAGGGUAUGAGUGGUGCCUGCCAGGACUGCCACUCCCCAGGUGCCAUCUGGGACUUAAGGUGGCUGUACCGCCUGUUACCUAGGUAUGCAGUUGUAAGUGGUCAUGCUUUGGCCCCUGUCCUUCCCCCAAUGUAGGAUGCCUUGAGCAAGGGAGCCCAGGUGUGACUCCUACUCCCUUGUGGUACUGAACACUCCAGGCUUCUAGAUCCUAUAGAUGUCCCUGCUCAUGUUCAGGUUACCCUAGCAACUGAUUAAGCCAAGAACCUCAGAGAGUAGCCAGUGAUACCUGAGGAUGCUGGCUCCAUACAUCUAGCCUCAUCUGUUGCCAUAAACAAUUUAGGUUUAUCUACAGGCCCCCUUCCUUCUCAGUACCUUCUCUCUUUGGGGUCAUCUGGUUGUCUAUGAAUGGGCUAUUCAUGGUGGUAUCCCAUGGACCUCUCCAACCUCCUGAGGCUCAUAGGCAGUCAGUGAGGUUCCGUGCACAGUGGACAGGGAAACGGGCUGUGGAACUUCUCCCUGAAGGGUUAUCUGCUGCUGUUUCUGCCCUUGCCUAGCCCACCUCAUUCUGGUGCUUUGAGCUAGGUAGCUAGGGACUGAGCCCAAGGAAAAUGUCCUGGCUUCUAGGUUUAUAGCAGAAACAAAGCAUCCAGUGAGACUCUGGGUUAGGCAAACAAGUUGGUUACAGUAGGCCUGCAUAGCAGUUCUUGGGACUAAAUUUGCCCCUGAAACUCUGUUGGCUGCCACUAUGUCUAUGGAGGGCUCUCAGUGACU